GCCUCUCUCUCUCUCUCUACUACUUGGGUGUCCGGACUGGUGAAAGACCGAUAUCUUAUCUCUCUCUCUCCAUUUCCUGAAGUUGAAACCCUCUCUUCUCACCUUGUCCCCUUGCAUGUUUCAGGCAAACAAGAGGAAGCGUCUCUGUUACAUUGUGAUGAAUCCAAACAUGUCACAAAAACUCUCUCUCUCACUUCACCAAACACUACAGCUCCUGUAACCUAAAGCUUUCUAUCUCCACUCUCUCUCUUUCUCUCUCAUGUAUUCCUCUCUCAUUUCUUGCCCUUCCACCGUUGCCCUCAUUCCUUCGCAUCAUAACUCUGUCCUCAAUUUCUAUCCAUUUGCGCCAAAACAUCUUUCUCGCCGUCAAAUUCGAAGAUUUUCAGCAAAAUCCUCACAUAAGCCACAAACCUCUCUCCGGCUACCAAACAAUGCCAGCGCCAAUAGAUUUUUAGAACAGUCAAGAACCUCAAUAUCAUCCUCUUCAAGUACAAACAAAGAGAAUAAACCUGUUCUUCUUGGGGUGAAUUAUGAUGACGAAAAUAUACUCCAGAGGAUUGCAAAAUCUAUUGUGUUUGCAUUGGUUUUCAUUGUUAUUGGGUUGUGCCCGAUUCGAGGGUUUCAAGUGCCCGUAAUCGCCGCUGCCCCAGCGGCGAGCGAAGUAGUUCAGAGGACAAAGAGUCGGAAGGGCCAUGAGUACUCGGAUUAUACUCGGAGAUUACUGGAGACAGUGUCGGUGUUGAUUCGUAGUAUAGAGGAGGUUAGGUCAGGUAAUGGGGAUAUAAAGAAGGUGGUGGUGGGAUUGGGAGAGGUGAAAUUGAAGAAGGAGGAGCUGCAAAAGGAGAUUAUGGAUGGACUUGAUGCGGAGUUGAGAGAAUUGAGGAGAAAGAAAGAGGUUUUGUCUAAGCAAUCGGAGGAAAUUAUUGACUCGGUGUUGAAGGCGAAGAGGGAGCAAGAGAGUUUGUUGAAGAAGGCGGGCAGUGAUGAGCGGACAAAGAAACGAAUAGCAAACUUGGAGGAGGAAAUGGGCAGUGGUGAAAAGAAGUAUAAUGAGAUAUGGGAGAAGUUUGAUGAGAUUGAGGAUCAGAUUUUGAGGAGAGAGACGAUGGCUCUAAGCAUUGGCGUCAGGGAGAUUUCGUUUAUUGCUAGGGAAUGUGAGCUCUUGGUGGAGAGGUUUAGUAGGGCAAUGAGACAGCAAAGUACUGACAGUGUGCCAGAAAGCUCUCCUACCAAGCUUUCUAGAUCUGACAUUCAGAAAGAACUUCAAACUGCACAAAGGCAGUUCUUGGAGCAGAUGAUUCUACCAAGUGUCUUGGAAGCUGAGGAUAUUGGAAAUUUGUUUGAUCAAGAUCCGGCGGAUUUUGCUCAACGUAUAAAACAAGCAAUUGAAGAUUCAAGGGAGCUGCAAAGAAAGCUGGAGGCUGGUUUAAGGAAAAAAAUGAAGAGGUUCGGUGAUGAAAAGCGUUAUGUUGUAACCACACCAGCGGAUGAGGUUGUGAAGGGUUACCCAGAAGUUGAAUUGAAGUGGAUGUUUGGAGGUAAGGAGGUUGUCAUUCCGAAAGCUGUUGGUCUCCAUUUGUUUCAUGGUUGGAAGAAGUGGCGUGAAGAAGCUAAGGCAGAACUCAAAAGAAAUUUAUUAGAAAAUCCUGACCUUGGUGAAAAGUAUGUUGCUGAGAGAAAGGAACGUAUCCUUUUGGAUCGGGAUAGAAUGGAGUCAAAGACAUGGUACAAUGAAGAAAGAAAAAGGUGGGAAAUGGACCCGAUUGCUGUUCCAUAUGCUGUGUCCAGGAAACUUGUAGAGAAUGUCCGAAUCAGGCAUGAUUGGGCUGCCAUGUAUAUUUUGUUAAAGGGGGAUGACAAGGAGUAUUGUGUUGAUAUUAAGGAAUUCGAAAUAUUAUUUGAAGAAUUUGGAGGGUUUGAUGGGUUGUAUUUAAAAAUGAUUGCAUCUGGAAUUCCAACUGCCGUUCAGCUGAUGUGGAUCCCUUUCUCAGAACUGGAUUUUCGUCAACAGUUUCUCUUGAUAACGAGGCUCUCUCAUCAAUGCUUAAACGGAUUGUGGAAUACUAGAAUUGCCUCAUAUGCAAGAGAGUGGCUUCUUCGAAAAAUCAGAAAUAUAAAUGAUGACAUAAUGAUGAUGAUAGUUUUUCCUCUUGUGGAGAUUAUCAUCCCGUUCCCGGUGAGGAUGCAGUUGGGGAUGGCAUGGCCGGAGUAUAUAGAUCAAUCUGUGGGCUCAACAUGGUACUUGAAAUGGCAGUCUGAGGCAGAAAUGAAUUUUAAAUCCCGGAAAACAGAUGAAAUCCAAUGGUUUCUUUGGUUUAUCAUUAGAAGUGUAAUAUAUGGAUAUUUGUUGUUUCAUAUAUUCCGAUUUAUGAAGAGAAAAAUCCCAAAAGUUCUUGGUUAUGGGCCUAUACGUAGGGAUCCAAAUUUGCGGAAGUUGCGGAGAGUGAAAGCUUAUUUAAAAUAUAGGAUGAAAAAAACAAAGCGCAAGAAAAAGGAUGGUAUCGAUCCGAUAAGCACUGCUUUUGACCAAAUGAAGAGGGUGAAGAAUCCACCAAUACGCUUGAAAGACUUUGCUAGUGUUGAAUCUAUGAGAGAAGAAAUUAAUGAAGUUGUGGCAUUUCUCCAAAAUCCUCUUGCAUUCCAAGAAAUGGGAGCCCGCGCCCCUCGGGGAGUUCUUAUUGUGGGUGAGAGGGGAACUGGGAAGACUUCUUUGGCACUGGCUAUAGCAGCAGAAGCUAAGGUGCCUGUUGUUGAAGUUAAAGCCCAACAGUUAGAGGCUGGACUGUGGGUUGGCCAAAGUGCAUCUAAUGUUAGAGAACUGUUUCAAACAGCAAGGGAUUUGGCUCCUGUAAUCAUAUUUGUGGAGGAUUUCGACCUCUUUGCUGGGGUUCGUGGCAAGUUCAUUCACAACAAAAAGCAGGACCAUGAGUCUUUUAUUAAUCAACUUCUUGUGGAACUUGAUGGGUUUGAGAAACAGGACGGGGUGGUUUUGAUGGCUACUACUCGAAAUCUCAAGCAAAUUGAUGAGGCCUUACAGCGUCCUGGUCGGAUGGAUAGAGUAUUUCAUCUUCAAAGGCCAACUCAAACAGAAAGGGAGAAGAUACUAAAGAUUGCUGCGAAAGAAACUAUGGAUGAUGAACUCAUUGAUUUUGUAGAUUGGCGAAAGGUUGCUGAGAAAACAGCUCUUCUACGUCCUGUAGAACUGAAACUCGUCCCUACUGCCUUGGAAGGUAGUGCCUUUAGGAGUAAAUUUCUUGAUGCAGAUGAACUUAUGAGCUACUGUAGCUGGUUUGCGACUUUUAGCGCCAUUGUCCCCAGAUGGCUGCAGAAAACCAAAAUAGUGAAGACUAUAAACAAAAAGCUGGUGAAUCAUCUUGGAUUGACAUUGACGAAAGAGGAUUUGCACAAUGUGGUUGAUCUAAUGGAGCCAUAUGGUCAGAUUAGCAAUGGAAUAGAACUGCUAAAUCCUCCUCUUGAUUGGACAAGGGAGACAAAGUUUCCACAUGCUGUAUGGGCUGCUGGUCGUGGUCUCAUUGCUCUUCUGCUACCGAACUUUGAUUUUGUUGAUAAUUUAUGGCUUGAGCCUUUUUCCUGGGAGGGAAUUGGCUGUACAAAGAUUACCAAGGCUAAAAAUGAAGGUUCCAUUAAUGGAAAUGUUGAAUCAAGAGCAUACCUUGAAAAGAAGCUUGUGUUUUGUUUUGGUUCAUAUGUUGCAGCAAAACUGCUGCUCCCGUUCGGAGAAGAAAAUAUUCUUUCUUCUUCAGAAUUGAAGCAAGCACAAGAGAUAGCUACGCGGAUGGUGAUUCAGUAUGGGUGGGGGCCUGAUGAUAGUCCAACAAUUUACCACCAUGGCAAUGCAGGGACGGCUUUGAGUAUGGGAAAUAACCAUGAAUAUAAUAUGGCAGCUAAAGUCGAAAAGAUGUAUAAUUUAGCAUAUGAUAAAGCAGUGAAAAUGCUUCAAAAUAAUCGUCGAGUGCUUGAAAAAAUCGUUGACGAAUUGCUUGAGUUCGAAAUUUUGACCGGAAAGGAUUUGGAAAGAAUUGUUGCAGAAAAUGGAGGAGUUCGGGAGAAAGAGCCUUUUUUCCUUUCAAAUUUUCAUGAUGCAGAGCCUGUGUUUAGUAGCAUUCUUGAAAAUGGGAGCGCAUCAGGAACUGCUCUUUUAAGUGCUGCAAACUAGAAGCAAUGAAUAUAUACUUUACUUGUACCUUGUGGAGCCAAGUAGAUUGAAAUUAAAUUGUCUUUGAUACUUCAACUUUAGGUGAUUGAAAUUUCUCAGAUUAUUUUUUUUUUAAAUGUUUUUCAGCUACUUUUCCCCUGACCACCAAAAAAAAAAAAAAGAAUUUGGGGGGAGAGACAAAUAAGAGAGAGUGAUUUUUGAGCCAUAGAGAUAUGUAAAGUAGCUGUACAGGGUGUAGUUUCGUAUUGUUGAGAAGAGGAUUUCUUUGUUUUCUUUCCUAAACCUCAUUUUUAAAGGCAAUGAUAACUUUUGUAUAUUUCUCACUA